ACGGUAUCCUUCUCUAUUACGUCUUAUUAAUGUGUUGGUAUAUAAAUAGUUACUUAGAGAAGCAACUAACCAUCAUUCAAACUAAUAUCAUCUAAAGAACAACAUGAAAUUCACAGUCGCUAUUGUCGCUUUGGCUAUCGUAGCCCUCGUUGGGGCCGACGCUAACAGCAAAACACAAAAAGCUGGAAAAAGAAGUAUUGGUGAACUCGAUUCAGGUUUCGGAUCAGCAGAUUACACUUAUGGCUCUGGUUUGGGAUACAGUUCUGGACUAGGUUUGGCCUCCGGAUUGGGCUACAGCUCAGGAUUAGGAUACAGCUCUGGUCUCGGCUUGGGCUCCACUUGGGGCUCUGGUCUCGGUUUGAGCUCCACAUGGGGCUCUGGACUUGGUUUGUCUUCCAGUCUCAGAUACGGUUCCGGAUUGGGUUUGGCCUCUGGAUUGUCUGGAUAUUCAUCAGGUUUGGGAUUAUCUUCCGCAGCUUACGCACCAGCUUACGCCAGUGCUGCCAUUGCUCCAGCACCUACCGCCGGACCAGCUUACCAAAUCUCCAGAGAAGUGCAUGUCAUUAACCGCCACGCACAACCCGUCUCUGCCCCAUACCCAGUACCAGUAGAACACAAUGUAGCCGUUCCAGUACCAUCUCCAGUCCCAUACGCAGUAGACAGGCCAUACGCCGUGCGUGUACCACAACCAUACCCAGUACCAGUCGAAAGACCAGUACCAUACGCAGUAGAUAGGCCAGUCGCUCACCCAGUAGCUUCUCCUUACCCAGUUCCCGUCGUCCGUAACAUUCCAGUCCCAGUUCAACAACCCAUCCCAGUUCCACACGUCAAACAAAUCCCAGUACCAAUUGCUCAACCAUACGCCGUUCCAGCUGUGCAUUCAGUUGCUAUCGCCGCUCCAGCCACCUGGUCAUCAGCUUCUCUUGGACACAGUUCCUAUAACUCGGGAUACGGACUAUCCGCUCUCAGUGCUGGAUAUGGAGCAUCAGCCCUCCACGGCGGUUACAGCUCAUGGGCUCCAUCAACUUACGGAUCAUUGGGAUACAGUGGACUCGGAGGAUUGUCUUCGUACAGCAAACACGGCUGGCACAAGAAGUAAAAAGUAACUUUAGUACCACAUAUUUCACAAAAUUGUGAUUUCUGUACUGUGUACAUAAUGUUUAUAGUUACUCAUUAAGAUC